AUGUAUCUCAAUCUGAGCCUCCUUGCCGCAGUGCUUUCAAUCAGUCGGCUUACCUCCGCUAAGCCCAUCGAUGGAAAGGUACACGCUGUAAAGCGGGAAGACCCCGUGUCCUACCCUUACGGCGAUGCACUCCCCAACGAGUUUCAGUGGCUGGGCUGGGACCCCAACGAUGAGGCCCAAAAGGCAGAUGGGCAAAAGAUACACGAAGCGUUCAAACAAUGGGCAGACCUAGCGAAAGCAGGCAUUACGGCUGCCGGAGGCGCUCCCGACAACGUGCACUUCAAACGUUUCUUCGGCAAGCAAGACGCAGAUGAUAUCAAAGCCAUUCAAAACACCAUGGCAAACAUGUACGACACCACGGCAGACUCGGCUACAGACACCAUAAAGAAGAUGGUCCUUGAGCGUUCUGACUUCGGCGACCAUUGUGAGAAAGACGGUUGGCUCGCCUAUACAACUCCUACGGAUGGACACUUCCAUAUAUGUCCUAAGGGCAUUGCUUUAAAGCAAAACUCGGAGACCGAAUGUGCGGAUUUCAAGCGAGACUACAUCGACAACACGGCCAGAACGCUGUCUUUCGCAAUGCUACACGAAUUCACGCACUACGACUUUGUGCCCGACGACAGGAUCGGUGGCAUCAUUGAUGUUGAUCGUAAAAACAGCAUAACUUCUGCCGGCUGCUUCAACCUUGAUGAUGAAGAAAAGCUCGAAAAUGCCCAGAAUUGGGCGUUCAAUGCUGCAGAGCAAUACUGGUCCGACAAAUGUCCAGACAAGGACUUCAAGGACCCGAUCAAAGCCACACCAACACCAACCCCCACGCCCACGCCCACACCGACCCCAACACCCGAACCCGUAGCCCCCUACGCCGACCAACCGGGCCAAUGCCACAUCCACGUCAACGAAUACGAAACCUGCGACUCGCACGACGAAAACCUCAGCGUCGAAAUCACCAUGUGGGACGUCUCCGGCGCCCAAAUCGGCUACGUCGACCGAACCGUCGCCGGAGCCGGCAACCCACUCAUGAUGAAGAGCAAGCUAGAAAACACCCUCGAAGUCACGCCAGAGAACCAGAAGGACUACAUCCAAUUCACCCUUGGUGGGCAGUCGUGGGCGACGAACAAGGACAACGAUGAGAGUGCGCCGGCGUAUUGUAAGUGGUACGGCUCAGGAGUCUAA